AUGCAUCUAUCAACCCUCCCAACUGAAUUACUCAUAUCCAUCGCCAACCACCUCCUCUCAGCUCCACAAGACCUGAAUUCCCUAGCUCAAACAUCUCACCUCCUAUACCGAAUAACCAACCCCAUUCUCUACAAAGACCAGAUCUCCAAUCAAAAAAGCUCGGCCUUACUAUGGGCUGCCGAACGCGGCAAGCCAGCCCCCUGCAGUCGCCUCUUGAGCGAGGGCGCCAACCCUAACAUAAAAGAUCAACACAAAAGAACUCCCCUGUCAUGGGCAGCUGGGAACGGACACGCGGAUGUUGUUUCAAUUCUCCUGUCCACGGCAGAGACGGACGCUAAUACGCCCGACGCGUAUUUCCAAACCCCGCUCUGCUGGGCAGCCGGAAAUAGCCUGCGUUCUUCCUCCCGUAUCCCUUGGGGUCCUCCUAAGCCCUCAUAUGCUAGGGAAUCCGCGACGGCAGAUUACCUUCUCGUCGUGAAGUUGCUGCUGUCUAUAAAAGAUAUCCAGCCUGAUCAGCGGAACCUUCGCGGGGAAACACCUCUGGCAGUCGCGGCCAGCGAGGGGGCAGAAAGUAUAGUAGAGGAGUUACUGCACACGAGAAAGGUAGAUCCGAGCUCGAGGGAUCGAUUCGGGCAAGUGCCGCUGAUAGCAGCGGCUAGGAAUGGGCAUCUAGGGAUCUUUAAGCGUCUUCUUGGCAUUGAAGGUGUGGAAGCUGAUGCUAGAUCCCACCGCGGACACAGUGCUCUCUUAGCCGCUGCGGGGAAUGGGUACGCGGAGAUUGUGAAACUGCUUCUUGCUAUACCUAAUGUGGACCUAAACCAACAAGACGCUGGGACUGGAGACUCGGCUCUUAUAGCCGCUGUUACUGGGGGACACGUAGAUGUUGUUAAUUUGCUGCUUGCUAACGAGGUGGUCGAUCCAAAUCUGGCGAAUGAAUAUGGAGAUACGGCGCUUUUGAGAGCUGUGCAUCAAGAACGGAAUCAUAUCAUGCACUUGCUUCUUGCUAGGGGGGUAGAUCCGGAUGUGAAGAACAAACAGGGGAAUACACCCCUUAUGAUCGCUGCUCAUAAAGGGAACAUCGAGGUGGUUGAGGGUUUGCUUUCUACAGGGCGAAUUGCGGCUGAUUUCGACUUGAAAAAGUUGAAUUUGCCAUCUUUCAUGCGCCGGCAAGGUUGA